AUAUACAUUUCAGAUUCUAACAAUGUGCGACGAUACGCUCGCAUUUUGUAGUCCAGCUCCAUUCAGUGAUGAUGUAGAGGUUAUUAAACAACGUGAGGCGAUCGAUUAUUCCACACAAAUCACUCUGGAAGAUGCGAUUUCUGGGAACGUGACUCGUCCGGUCCGUGUCUACGCUGACGGUGUCUACGAUAUGUUCCACUACGGCCACGCGAAUCAAUUCCUGCAGAUCAAACAAACUCUUCCGAAUGUCUACCUUAUUGUUGGCGUAUGUUCCGACGAAGAGACUAUGAAGAAUAAGGGGAGAACUGUGCAGGGCGAAGAAGAGCGGUACGAGGCGAUUCGGCAUUGCCGGUACGUCGACGAGGUGUAUAAGGCGUCGCCGUGGACAUGUCCGAUACCGUUUUUGAAGGAGUUGAAGGUUGACUUUAUGUCACACGACGCUCUGCCAUACCAAGGUCCCGCCGGAGAAGACAUCUACGAGAAGCACCGCACUGCUGGCAUGUUCCUGGAGACGCAGAGAACCGAAGGAAUAUCGACGAGCGAUUCGAUUUGUCGAAUUAUCCGCGACUACGACACGUAUGUCAGAAGAAAUUUGCAGAGAGGAUAUUCGGCCACCGAUUUGAACGUUGGCUUUUUUACAACCAGCAAAUAUCGUCUGCAAGACACCGUAGUGGGAAUAAAAGAAAUGGGCCGUGGCCUGCUGCAAACGUGGAAAACGAAUGCGGAUUACUUGAUUGAAGGAUUCUUGACGACAUUUGCCAUCAGUGAUCCGAAACCGUUGCCGAACAACAAAAGUGCCGAUGAAAAUGUGGAAAAUAGGGAGAAUAUUGAGAAUUUUUAGAAAAAAUUCGUGUAAAUUAUGGGAAUAAAAAUUUGAAUACUCGUG